UCUUCUGGUCCUCUGCUAUCAUGCUGUGUGAUAUCCCCAUCUCUCGCUCCUCAUCCGCCAGUUUCUUUCUUUCUUUCUUUCUUUCUUUCUUUUGUUUCUCUUGAUCAGGAUCGAUAUUUGCAAGUUGCCUUCUCUGUCCCUCUUUUUAUCUAUAUUUAUUUUACUUCUGUUCUCUGAUUUAUUUUCUUUUUAAUAUUCUUACUUUUGCUUUCCUUCUUUUAUCCCUCAUACCAAUACCCUCUCUUCGAUUGGGCUCGAUUGAGCUUCAAUUAUAGAUUCAGUCAUCAGGGCCUCUUUUCCUUUAAAUAUAUAAUCGCCAGCGAAUAUUUAAGGUUCUUGGUAACCGUCGACGAGCGAGUUCCUCUUGAACUAGAAAGCGCUUUCGUUGGUGCGCUAUUGGAUUGUUCUACUUGCGCAAGAGAUACCACCCUUCAACCCCAGCUAGAACUUCACAAUGAGAUGCGGCUUUAGAUUAGCAUUAUGCGCGUGUCUAUUGCUCGCCGUCCCGUUCUACCUAUUGAAGCUCCACCUCCAAGAAAUCAACAGUCAGUAUCGCGCAGGCGCGUAUAUGAUUGAUUGGCUGAACUCCAAGAAACCACAUCAUGAGGGCUUAUCCCAUUAUCAUGCGAAGCAGGGAGACAAAGUCAUCGUGAUGGCCAGGCUGGAAGAAGAACCUACCGACUGGGUCGAGCAAGAACUUCCGGACUGGCAGCAUGCGAUCUACAUUGUCAAUCCCUCGAACAAAACCAAAGCAGAUAAACACAAGCUCAAAACCGCCCUCAAUAAGGGUCACGAAUCUAUGGCCUACCUCACGUAUUUGAUUGACCAUUACGACCACCUUCCUUCCACAAUCGCUUUCCUCCACGCCCAUCGCUCAGGCUUCUUCAUGGCAUGGCAUGUCGAUGCGCCGUUGCACGAUAAUGUAGCAGCAAUGCGUGCUCUACAGCUCGAUUUCGUCCAACAAAACGGUUACGUCAACCUUCGGUGCAAUUGGGACCCCGGAUGCAAGGAAGCGCAUCGCAUCAACCUCCAUGUAACAGAACAGGUCUGGCGGGAAGUAUUCGAAGGAACUAGCACCCCGCCCCUAAACUCGACCACUUCGCCCGCCGUAGCAGACGAUGCCUCAUCAGAAAGUCGACAAACUCAGAAAUUCCUCCAAGCGCCCAAGCUCGUCGGUGCUGCAUGCUGUGCACAAUUCGCCGUGUCACGCGACCAGGUGCUCAAACGGCCCCGGGAGGACUAUAUCAAGUUCCGACAAUGGGUCAUCGACACAGAGAAAGAUGACGCGAGCAGCGGACGGGUCAUGGAGUUUCUCUGGCAUGUCAUAUUCGGCAAGGAAUCCGUAUACUGUCCGGACACGGAACUCUGCUACUGUCAAGUUUACGGGAAAUGCUAAUAUACACAUUUUAAUCACAACUAUACUGUAAAUGCAGCUACGGCUAUUCGAUCCUGUCGGUUAUCUCGUAGAUAUCUAUACAAUCUAUCCCCAUUUAAAGCUUUUGGGCAUACGUGCCAGGGAUUGGAAAGGCGUUUUUAGAGGGCUUGUUCGGGCUUUUCAUUUCUUUGCAGUCGCGGAUAGAUUCGUCCGUUUUGAUAUACCCAUCUCAAUCGCUAUUGCCACUGUUCGUUUCGAUAGUCCCACCGUUAUGAUUCUAAAGUAUGUAAAAGACACAGUUUCUUUCGUCCGGUGAAGGCUAUGCUAAAAUUCAAUCAUUUAUAAGAAAAUUGAACGUUGAGUCUCUCAGCGCUUUCCAUAUCUCCUUCACUUCCCCCGCCUUUUCUUCCAUUCCCACCUUUCCAUUUCCUCCUUCCCAGAAGAUCUUAUAGAAAGAGCACUUUGUCAGUUACCAUUCAGUUAUAUUGAUAUACAGGCUUUU